AUGGUCCAAGGAAAGGAGUUUGAGGCUUCUCGCAAAGCAGAGGGCGUCGGCUCAUCGAACAAGAGCAAUGAUCCCCAUCCAGCAGGCAGAGUACAAUACAGCGGAGUACGGCAGUUCAUUCGAAUGUGCUCGUUCUCGGCCUACUUUAUAGCGUGUUGUAUAGUAGUACAUCUUACCCAGCUUGUUGGAACGCCUCUCUAUCUAGUAAAUAAAUCCAUUUACUAUGCGUAUAUGUCCCGGACAAAACAAAAUUUUGGCGUUCUUGUAACAACAAUUACUCAGUGGUGGUCACCAACCGUUGUUCGCGUCACUGGAGAUAAAAGUGUCAGGCAUCAACUCAAGAGAACUGCAGAUGGUCGAUUAGAAUGUGACUUUCCUGAGAGAAUGAUAUUAAUAGCCAAUCAUCAGCUCUAUUCCGACUGGUUAUACCUCUGGUGGAUAGCGUAUACUGCGCGUCUCCACGGAUUCUUAUAUAUAAUCCUGAAGGAAUCUUUGAAGCACAUACCUGUCGUUGGCUGGGGCAUGAGAUUUUACGGAUUUAUCUUCCUAGCCCGAAAAUGGGAACAGGAUCAACCUAGGUUCAAGCACCGACUUUCAAAGCUCGCUGCAGGUGGCAGCCAAGAGCCAAUGUGGUUGAUGAUUUUUCCCGAGGGGACAAACCUUAGUGAUAACGGACGGAAUGCAAGCGCCAAAUAUGCUGAGAAAGCCGGAUUAGAAGAUUUGAGGCAUCUCCUACUUCCUAGAGCAACAGGACUGAGAUUUUGUCUUGAGAAUUUGAUGGGCAGUGUUGAGUGGGUAUAUGAUUGCACUGUUGCCUAUGAGGGUAUCCCCCGUGGCAAGUUUGGACAAGAUUACUUCACACUGUCUUCAACAUAUUUUCAGGGUCGACCACCUAAAUCUGUGAACAUGCAUUGGAGAAGAUUUGCGGUUUCUUCCAUCCCGAUAUCUGACCCUCAUCUAUUCGAACUUUGGAUCCGUCAGAGGUGGAUUGAAAAAGACCACCUCCUUGAACACUAUAUGCUAAAUGGUCGGUUUCCCGAAGAUGACGACAGGUCCGGGUCAGACAUUCAAACCACUGAAGAAAAAGCUGCCAUUGACCUAAAAAGAAAGGUCAAGGUUGGCGGGAAAGAAAGAAUAAUCACUACCACAGGAGGAAGCUCUGCGAAUGGGAAUUGGGGAGGACCUAUUGAAACGGAAGUGAAAUUGAAGACAACUUGGGAAGUGCUCGAGAUAUUCAAGGUCCUUUUGUAA